AUGGCGGUGACGGUGACGGCAUCGCUGCUGUACCUCGAGGCGGAGUCGGACCGACCCAUCUCCAUGUACAUCAACUCGCCUGGCGGGAGCAUGACGGCAGGGCUGUCGAUCUACGACUGUAUAAACUACAUCGUGCCGGAGGUGUCGGCGUCGAUAGGUAGCCUACUGCUGGCGGGCGGGGCAGCCGGCAAGCGCUACUACCUGCCACACUCGAGCAUCAUACUGCACCAGCCCAGCGGGGGCCACUACGGCACCGCCGCCGACAUCGCCAUUCCCGCCAAGGAGAUCCUACGUAUCCGAUCCCAGCUGAACCGCAUCUACGAGCGCCACCUAACGGGCAGCAAGAAGAUGACCGUCGACGAGAUCGAGAAGAUAAUGGAGCGCGACUCCUUCCUCAGCGCCGAGAAGGCUCGAGAACUGGGGUGUCGUCGACGAGAUCCUAGCCAGUAG